UCUAUAAAGCACCCCCAGCAGUGAGUGUUAGCGGACAGUCAUUGCCGUUCCUGUGGGUUUGCAUUGUCCAGCUACGUAUAUCCACACCGGACCCAAGUAGGCAGGAAAAAUGAAGUCCCUCGUCCUGGUGGCUCUUGCUGCCUGCUUCUUGCAAGCUGGUGUUGCUCUUAAAAUUGCUGCUUUUAAUAUUGAAAGAUUCAGCGCCACAAAGGUUGAUGACCCGGUCGUCUUAAAUCUUCUCAUCCAGAUCUUGAGAAGAUAUGAGCUUAUUGCUGUUCAAGAAGUCAUGAAUAGAGAUGACACAGCUAUUACCAGGCUUGUCCAGGAACUCAACAACGACACUGGUCUUAGCUACAAUUUAUUAAUCUCCGAUCAUCUGGGACGCAGCACCUACAGGGAGAAAUAUGUAUAUGUGUACAGAGAAGACAUACUGAAGCCAACAGAAUGGUUCCACUACGACGACGGCUGUGAAAAUUGUGGUACAGACGUGUUCAUGCGGGAACCUUUCGUGGCUCGUUUUUCAUCCCUUACUACAGAGGUGAAAGACUUUGCCCUGGCCACCAUUCACACCAGCCCUGACUACGCGGUGCGGGAGGUGGAUGCCCUCUUUGACGUGUGGGAAGAUGCCAAGCAGAGGCUACUCAUGGAGGACAUUAUUAUCUUGGGUGACUAUAAUGCUGGCUGCAGUUACGUGAAGAGUACGCACUGGCCCAUGAUCCGGCUCCGUCAGGAAGCCAGCCUGCACUGGCUGAUUGGUGAUAAUGCAGAUACCACCGUGAGCACCAACACAAACUGCCCAUAUGACAGGAUUGUAGUUGGUGGAUCAAGUCUACAGAACUCAGUUGUCCCUGGCUCAGCAAAGGCUUUCAACUACCAGGAGGCAUACGGACUCACUUAUGAGGAGACCAAGGCAGCUUCUGAUCACUAUCCAGUGGAGGUUGAACUACGUAAUGACCCUUUUUACAACGGUCAGAAAUUUGGAGUCAGCGCUGGUAUUGGGAUAAGCGGAGGCCUUGCCCAAAAUGGUGUCUGUGACUGUGUGGGGGUGGACUUUUCAUCCUGCGUGGGGCGCUGCGGUGCCAAUUCGAGUAGCUACCCCUGUAACUGCAAUGCCACGUGUAGCAGCAGCCAAAAGUGUUGUGCUGACUAUGCAGCCGUCUGCAAAAUGUAAUGUGAAUACUUUGUGUGAACGUGUAUUUGUGAUGCAUAAAAUUGUUUAGGCCACCAAUAAAUCAUUCUUAUCAAGUA